ACGUGGCAGAGCGUGCGGCCAAUCCCCGCUCGCUCCGGGGGAGCACUUCCGGUGUCGUUUCCUGUCAGUGUUUGUAAACUGAGGAAAAAAAUUGGAAGUGCGACAAGAAAUAAAACCUACAAAACUCUUAAAAAUCAAAAGGCUUUGGCCCCUGAUGAUUUGGGUGGGUGGUGGUGGUCUCUUCUGUUGCCCCUCAUCCUAAGUGAAGCCCCCUCUGUUCCCCCAAACACACACGCAUUCAAACCACGGCGAUGACACACCAUUCUAACAACUCUGUUCGAGACCAUAUGAAAUGGGCUGGGUUGCUGGGCUGCGAGGCGGUGCUGUCCAGCAUGGCCCUGAUGCAAGCCAACAACAUCCCAGGCCAGAAGAGGAUGAUGUCACCCUUGGGUCAAGGGCACAGGGCCAGUCCUGAGAGCCACCAAACCCACUCGCAGCACAGCCACAACCACCAUGGACACCAGGUCCACCAUGGACAACCCCACCACAGCCACAUGGGCCAUCCUUCAACCGGGAGCUGUCCACCCCUGCUGAUCCGAAAAGACGGUGAUUAUCACUCAUCAAGAAUGAUGGAUGGAAAGGACAUGCAGGCAAACCAGAAUAUGCAACCCAAGAAGAAGCACAAAAAAUCAAGUUCAUCCAGCAAAGUGAAAGUGGAGCAUUUAAUGCCACAAAUGGAUAUGGACGAUGACAGUUCCCUGAAAGUCCAGAAGAACUUCAUCUGCGACCACUGCUAUGGAGCUUUCCGGAGUAGCUACCACCUCAAGCGACACAUACUCACACAUACAGGAGAGAAGCCAUUUGCUUGUGACGCGUGCGAUAUGCGGUUCAUUCAGCGCUACCACCUGGACAGACACAAGAGGGUGCACAGCGGAGAGAAGCCGUACCAGUGUGACCGCUGCCAUCAGAACUUCUCGCGGACAGACCGGCUGCUGAGACACCGACGGCUAUGUACAGUCGGGAUGAGCAAAGAGGAAAACCAGUACUCACAGGACCAAUCUGCCCAUCCAGCCUCCUGGAGCCCCCUACAGCCUUCCAACAACCGUCUGACUGUCUGACCCUCCGUUUUCCCACAGAGACCCUACAGACAGCAGUCUAUCGCUCAGCAACGUCACACGUUGGAGCUCAACAGUACUGUAACCUGAAAACAGCCUCGCUUAAAACACAAACAAACUUUACUUUGCUCCCGCCAGCUCUAUCACAGAGCUUGAAAAUGGAUUUUUGUACUUUUUUAAUCUACUGUUCCAUCCACGACACCGACAAAAGGGGACGGACUAAUCCCAGAUCUUGGACAACAGGUCUUGGUGUUAUGGCAAUAACUGAAUGGAAAAAGGCACACGUCUCCUUUUAUCUGAAAGGUUGCAGGCUUCUUCUUUUUUUGUUGCUGCCGAGGGAUCACAAAUAUUUUUGACUGUCAAUGUAUCGUGCAGCUUAUUUUAGUAUCCUGUUGACCUGCAAUCAACCCGAGUGUUGCCCUCUACUACAUAUUGACUAAAGGACGAACACAAAGAACCGUGUAGCUUUUUAGUGUUCAAGUUCUUCUCAUUUUGCGUUCCUAAUGCUACUAAUCGAGUACCGGCUGCUGCUCAGACGUGAAAGGUCACAGCAGACUCGUGGUCCUAUCCAAUAAUGGAGGUGUUGCGUGCGUAACAUAUCUGAAAUUCAUUUUGAUGUUAUUUUUGAUAACAACAAUCUAAACAUGAAUGGGGCUUAUUACAGAGCAAAAUCUGGUAACCCAUUUUCACUUCAUGUAGAAGAUCAACUUUUUUCCCGACACACAAGUCUUAAAUUGAUUUAAAAUAAUAUCUUGCCUGCUACUCGGCCAGCUGUUAAACUGAAAUACAGGUGCAACUAGUGUUGUCUCGAUACUGGAACGUCUAACUUCAAUACAAUACCUUGAAAAAUACCGAUAUUCAAUACCAUUUUCGAUACAGUGGAGAAAUUGUCACAUUGAAGGCAUACAAUUUUAGAUUUUUAUUAAAAGAUAAAUAGUGGUGUGUGUGUGUCAACUCGCUGUCGGAGAGAAGAGGGAGCCGUUUCAAACCGUUUCAAAUAUUCAGUAUCGAUUUAUUAAAUUAUUUUCGACAACACUAGGUGCAACCCUGUUGGUGAUGUGUACAAACAGUUUGAAAAAACACUAAAGGUUAACUAGAUGCUCCUGAAAUGUAAAAUGUUCAACUAAUGUUGGUAUUAGUUAAGUUGUGUAGCGACUGUUGGCUCCCAUAUUCACUGUUCUACCUUGUUUUAAAGGGGUUUUGUCCUGUCUGUUGAAAUACAGUAGAAAGCUGACAGGUUUUGUAGGAAGAGCCCAGAUGUUUUGAUGCUCUUGAACAAACUUAGUGAUUUUUUUUUUUUUUAUAUAUAAUGACUGGAUGUAGGAAUCGCCUAUCUGUUGAAGAAAUUAAGGUGCUUCUGUAAUAACCCUCGCGAUAUAAAUGCAUUGUGUUUAUUGUCUCUCUGUUCCUAGAAACCACUGUUUUUUCCUGCUCAGCGUUAAUAGAUUUUGUCUGACUUUGAAAGACAUCCGUCCUUUCAAAAGUGUUUUGCAAAGUGAGGCUGAAAUCCUGAGGUUCACCUGAAAGAUGAUCAAAACUAAUCCAAGGCGUAAAAUCAUUUUCACCGGAGGUACUGGCGAAAUUAGGUGCAAACUGUUGAAAGUAUAAUUUGGUUCAUUCAGAUUUCGAGAGCUCUCCUACGUCUUGACCUGACUGAAUGUGAUCUGAAUAUAGUGCCAUGUCAUUCCAUCUCCAGUUUAACCAUCUUCAAUGAAGAUGAUGAGCAGUGGACAGGGGGAAUAUAAAGGUCCACGUGGCGUUUUGUACGAUGAUUACCUACAUUAUAUUAUGUUCAGGCCUCUGUGUGAAGACAUGAGACUGUAAACACUGGACUGAAGAUGUUAGCUCUAUUGUAGAGGAUUGUAUUGUAGACUGGUACUUCUGUUGCUGUCAGACUUUUAGAUUAUGUGAAAGGAAUUUGGGGCCCGACACCGACUUGUCUACUUUUUAUGAAGUUAAUAUAUAUUUAAAUUGUAUUAGGGGUAGAGAAUAGUAUGUAUGGGACCUACACUUCAACAGAAAAUCAAAGUAUUUACAAAGUUAUAAUCUUUAGUCUGAUGAUUUCUUAUGACAACUGAAAAUGGAACGUCAUCCUUCAACUUGCUAUUAGGAGUCAAAUAAAAGCUGCCACUCUUGCUUUUUUGUUUUUUAGUAUAGCAGCCAUGAUUAGUCAGCAUAUUUUUUUCUUUUGCAUGUAUUUGUUGGAGGAUCUUGUAUAAAUUUUGUUUUGGUAAAGAGAUUUUUUUUUUAAUAUGUGAGCCCCACCUUAUUUGUCAUUUCAGGGCUGAAGUGAAAUCGGUUUUGACUCAAGUCAAUCAUACUGUAGUGAACGGAGUUUUAGGGCCCCAAGUCUCAAUAAAGCUGUUACACUUUUUAAACAAUUG